AUGUCUUUGAUACCAUUUGGCUUAGAGCUGUUCAUAACUUGGGGAUAUGUGGGAACGAUUUUCACCAUUUUCUUUAUGUAUUAUUGGCAUGCGAAUGAUAUAAUAAUUGAGAGUACGAAACUUUCCGAAGCUGCGUACGAAUCGAAUUGGCUUGAUACGGAACCGCGUUGUAAGCGAGCAAUUCAAAUGAUGAUAUUGCGCGCUCAAAGGCCGCUCAUGAUGAGAGCUGGGUUAUUUCCCAUGAACAUGAGCACUUUACUAAUGAUACCAUUCGGCUUAGAGCUAUUCAUAACUUGGGGAUAUGUGGGAACAAUUUUUCUAAUUUUCUUCAUGUACUAUUGGCAUGCCAACGAUAUAGUAAUUGAGAGCACUAAGCUUUCCGAGGCUGCGUACGAAUCGAAUUGGCUUGAUACGGAACCGCGUUGUAAGCGGGCGAUUCAAAUGAUGAUACUGCGCGCUCAAAGACCUCUCAUGAUGAGGGCUGGAUUAUUCCCCAUGGACAUGAGCACUUUGAUAAUGAUACCAUUCGGCUUAGAGCUAUUCAUAACUUGGGGAUAUGUGGGAACCAUUUUUCUAAUUUUCUUCAUGUAUUAUUGGCAUGCCAACGAUAUAGUAAUUGAGAGUACAAAACUUUCUGAAGCUGCGUACGAAUCGAAUUGGCUCGAUACGGAACCGCGUUGUAAGCGAGCGAUUCAAUUGAUGAUACUGCGCGCUCAAAGGCCGCUCGUGAUGAGGGCCGGAUUAUUCCCUAUGGACAUGAGCACUUUAAUAAUGGUUUGA